CGGGAGUGGAAAAAUGAAGGCAGCAAAAGAUACAUGUGCACUGGCCGGCCUGGCUGGUUGACUGUAUCACUUCGUGUUGGAAAGUAUAAGAAGACUCAUAAGAACAUCAUGAUCAACUUGAUGGAUGUUCUGGAAGUGGACAGUGAAAGACAGGUUGUUCGUGUGGAGCCUUUGGUGACCAUGGGCCAGUUGACUGCACACCUGAAUCCCAUGGGCUGGACUAUUCCUGUGGUACCAGAGCUUGAUGAUCUUACAGUAGGUGGCCUGAUCAUGGGAACUGGCAUUGAGUCUUCAUCCCAUAUAUAUGGACUUUUUCAACAUACCUGUGUGGCCUAUGAACUUGUUCUUGCUGAUGGAAGCCUUGUGAGAUGUUCACCAACUGAAAACUCAGACCUAUUUUAUGCAGUGCCUUGGUCUUGUGGUACUCUGGGUUUCCUGGUUGCAGCAGAAAUAAAAAUGAUUCCUGCCAAGAAAUAUGUCAAAAUACUUUAUGAGCCUGUGAGAGGACUGCAGAAGAUUUGUGAGAAGUUUACUGAAGAAUCUAAGAAAAAGGAGAAUAGUUUUGUGGAAGGACUUAUGUAUUCUUUGGAAGAAGCAGUCAUCAUGACAGGAGUCUUGACUGAUGAAGCUGAGCAAAGCAAGAUAAACAGAAUUGGCAACUACUACAAGCCAUGGUUCUUCAAGCAUGUGGAGAAGUAUUUGAAAGCUGACAGGACUGGAAUAGAAUACAUUCCCUCCAGACAUUAUUACCAUAGACAUACACGCAGUAUCUUCUGGGAGCUCCAAGAUAUCAUUCCUUUUGGCAAUAACCCUGUUUUCCGUUACCUGUUUGGCUGGAUGGUUCCUCCAAAAAUCUCUUUGUUAAAACUCACCCAAGGAGAAGCUAUUCGAAAGCUGUACGAGCAACACCACGUUGUACAGGACAUGUUGGUCCCAGUGAAGAGCCUUGAAAGAUCUAUACAAACCUUCCAUGUUGACCUUAAUGUGUACCCUCUUUGGUUAUGUCCUUUCAUAUUGCCCAAUAAUCCUGGUAUGGUCCACCCAAAAGGGGAUGAAGCAGAACUCUACGUGGAUAUUGGAGCCUAUGGAGAGCCCCAAAGGAAACAAUUUGAAGCCAGGGCUUCAAUGAGGCAAAUGGAGAAGUUUGUAAGAAGUGUGCAUGGUUUCCAGAUGCUGUAUGCAGAUUGCUAUAUGACCCGUGAGGAGUUCUGGGAUAUGUUUGAUGGUUCAUUAUACCAUAAGCUGAGGGAGCAAAUGAAUUGCAAGGAUGCCUUUCCGGAAGUGUAUGACAAAAUCUGCAAAGCUGCGAGACACUGAGCCUGGAUGAUCUAUUCAAGCAAUCAGGGAAAGAUGAGUUUACCUAUAGCUAGUUAGUAUAUCCUUUUAAAAAAAAGCUUUAUUGCUCUCCAAAUAAGCUCAUUCUUGUUGAUGUUUAAAGGUAUGAAUCCCUGCUUUAUAAAUUUAUGUUUAGUAUUUCUCUGUAUGUUUUAAAAGCAAUUUUCCAAACUCAAAGCGAUUGUUUUUAAGAAAUCUUAAAUGCUAGCCUUUGUAUCUGAUGUAGUGACGUAGGUGAAAUUCACCUAUUUCCAGGCAUAACAAAAAUAACUGGAAAGGAAGAUACUGGAGUUACACCAGCUGUAUACUAUAGCUAUAUUUAGCAUUACUUUUGAAAAUGGUAAGGAGGGCUCAGAAAUAGGUGCCAAAGCUGAACACAUUGUCAAAUUAAUCGUGGUGUUAAAAACAUUUGUCUCCAGUUGGUAACCUGUGGGACAGCUUAGCAAUGGUACCAUGAUCUUGCGGCU